AGGGAUAUGUAGACCAAAAAAUGGCGUGUGCAUUUCUCCGUGGAUUGAGCGUUUUGAUACUGUAACAGUAUUAUAGCACCUCGAUCUGCUUUAUAAUUAUAAAAGACAUGGAAAUGUCACUUUUUACAACAUGGGACCUUUACAUGUAAAUUAUAUUUUGCUGCUUUGCAACAGACAAACAAACAAAAAUUUUUGCUGUCAGAUUUUGAGUGGUAGGCCUAUUGCAGAUUUAAUAAACUCUGAAUGGUAGUCAUCCAACAUGGCCGCUAGGGGCGUCACAUCCCCAUAACCAAACCAACUUCAUGCUGCGACAGUGAACAUCAAAAAGACAACACCCGAGGAGAACAAAACCUCGGCUCGGUCUGUCUGUGUAGCACCAUAGCAGCUGACCAGGAAAAUAAUUCAGCACAAUGUAAGGUUUUAGUAUUUGCGUAUAGCACGCCAUUAUCGCAUGUGAAGGAGACGACGUCGUUUGCAAUUUGGUACAAGAUGAGCAGCGGCAGUAAACGAGAGAGGGAGCAGAGGAGGAAACUGCAGCGAUUUCUAAGUGACCUGGCCUUACUUGGAUCAUUACAGGGCUUUAAAUACUUCCAGCCUUGGCUAAGAGGGAAAGAGGAAUUGCUGUUGACAGUCGUUAAUGAGGAUCUGGGUUGGCGUUCCCCAGGGUUUGUGGUCUCCAGAGCCUCCUCCCACUCCUCCACCAGCAGCUGUAACAGCAGCGACGUCUCCCCCAGCAGUAGCUCCCCCAGCCUGGACAGCCGGAGCAGCUCUCCCCUGCCUGGGGAGCCUCCAGGCUCACAAGACCCUCCGUUGCACACACACACCAAGACACAGCCACAGACUGUCAGGGACCCCAGCAGUGAGGAGCAUCUCCUCCCAGCCUCUCCCAGUGAAAGAGAGAUAGCCGUGCCUGAGGUGAAUUGCACUCUGUUUUUACUGGCCGGCUACGUCAAGUACGGACGCCCCUACGCCUGGAUACGCUCUAAUCACGAGCGCCUGGUCAACAUCGGAGGAACCGAUUCGAUGGUUAAGGACACGCCCAUGAAACUCAAGUCCAUCGCAGACUGGCAGACGGGAGGGAUCCGCGUGUGGGACGUCAUCAGUGAGCUGGUGUGUCUGUGCACCGUUCCGUCUCCCUCCAACCCCUUCGCCCUGGACAUGCGUUACAUCAAAAGUCUUCCCCUCCCUGACCGCUUCCUCGUCACAGGCGCUCUCCUCAACUUCCUGGAGAUGUACGUGGUUUACAGAAACCGGGACGAGUUGAACUAUGACAAAGUGGUCGAGGAGGUAAAGCCUCUGAGGCGUCUUCACGUCCAGUCCCUGUUGGAGUUACAGCGACACAGGGAGAGCUCGGGGUUGGCCGGUAGUCCCACAGUGCAGGACUCUUCUGGAGAGGAGUGACUUUAAUUGUUCCUAUUUGAUUCACAUCCAGAUGAGACAUCGUACUUUUACUGACUUCUUGUAGAAAAAAGAAAAUAGGUUUAAAUGUGUGAAAUGUCAUAAGAAUGACUGUAUUUAGUCACUUUAUCUUGUUGCUUUUGUAUUGCAUACAGUACACAAUGUACAAAUCUAUUUCUUUUAAGGCUACACAGUCCAGUUGGAGAUGUAUCUGUAUAUUUACUACAGUUGAACAGUGGUCACAUGUAUGAGUUUUUGAAAAUGUGACAACACUGGAGAAAUAACCCUGGGAAAUUACUCACAUGACUGAGAGUAAACAUCCCAGGACCUCUCUGAAUGUUUUGCCCUGCCACCCCCAAACUCUUCAAUCCUGCUCUCCCACAAACACUCUUAACAGCUUCAGGCCAAAUAUAACAUUUUGACAAGUUGAGUGAAACAGAAUAAUUUGUCAGGGUCAAAGCUGCAGAAGUUAAAGCUGGUUAAAUAUGUGUCUUCUUGAAAAUUACAGCAGAAUGAAAAAGCGUGUAGACAAACAAGUGUUGUAUAAAAGGUUUUAAUAUUUCAUAAAAUACAUAAUUAAAUAUUUACAAUAAAAUAAAGCAGGCACUUUAAACCCCUUUUCUGAGAUCGGGGCUGCGCCGUUUGUAAUUACAAUACAUCACGAGUACAAAAUGUUAAAAUUAUCUGAUAAAAACCUUGUGGCACAUCAGUCAAAAACGUCUUUACUGUUUUAAAAAAAAAAAAAAAAAAAAAAGGGCAACAUUGCUAGCUUAGUUUUGGUCAGAAAACACAAAAUGAAAAUGAAGGUAGCCUCAGGGUGUACCACUAAUCCUCAAGUCUCUCAUUUGUAAACCAUAAGACAGAAAUCACCAUCAUGAGAGCACGUUAUGCAAUACUGCACAUAUCAAUGCCUAUAAUCGUCACUUUAACUUAGGUAGUUAAGGCACCUUUUCAUGGCUUUGGUAAUGUGAACAAGUCGAGGGCUUAGCAUUACAAGCACAUUGUAGCAUCUACUGAUGAGGCUCCUCCAAAUGCAAAGUCAUGGUUGGGCAUUUCACAACCCCCCCCCCCCCCCCCCCCCCCCCCUCCUAUUGGAAUGCAGGUGCAUGGCUGCGCAUUCCACACAAAGGCUUCACAUGGGAACACAGCGUUCCCAGUGUUCGGACACAAACAAACCCGCAAGUCAUGACUGAGUCUGUUUAUCCCACAUAAAUGCAAAUAAUUAAUCGCAGUGGACAGACAGGAUCUGUUUUUUGUUUUUGCAGGAUGAGGGGAGUUCUGCUAGGGUCUGUUUUUUACAUUUACAAUCCAGGUGCUGCUGCUACUGACCUCUUAAAAUGUAAGACAUUUGGAAUUAAACUGAUGUGUUCAGAUGUCAAAUUUGACAAAGUGCUCAGAAAUUACUAACUGCAUUUAUGUUCCUUACAGACUAAUCAUUUUUACUUUGUAUAACACUGCAUUUUCCCCUCUAUCUUAACAUCUAUGUAAUCUUGGCCAAAACUCUCACAACAUAGAUUAAAAGGGUGGUUUUGUCCAUUCAAUUAAAAAAA